GAGAGAGAGAGAGAGAGAGAGGGAGGGAGGGAGGCGUUCACGGGUGUGGUGCACCCACUUCCCCUCAGGGUCGGGAGGGACUGGGCGGCUGUGCCUCCACGGCUUUCCCUCCCUUGGCUGAGUCACGGUCUCUUUCUCUCUGCUCUCAAGUCUUCUGCUCUCACCAGGAGUGCUGCUUUGAACAUUCUUGUGCACCCCUGACUUUUGGAGCUGUCUCCCGACUUUGUGGGUCCCAUGUCUGAGGCUCCUGUAAUCCCAGGUUCCUUCAAGACUGGCUUCGAGAUGGCGUGGGAUCCCCUGGGCCGGAUUCUGUGCUGGCAAAAUGAGGGUGAGCCUGUCGGCCACAGACUGUUACAUUGUGCAUGAGAUCUACAACGGGGAGAACGCCCAAGACCAGUUUGAGUACGAGCUGGAGCAGGCCCUGGAAGCCCAGUACAAGUACAUCGUGAUCGAGCCCACACGCAUCGGUGACGAGACGGCCCGCUGGAUCACUGUGGGCAACUGCCUACACAAGACCACCGUGCUGGCGGGCACCGCCUGCCUCUUCACCCCGCUGGCGCUGCCCCUGGAGUACUCCCACUACAUCUCCCUGCCUGCGGGCGUGCUGAGCCUGGCGUGCUGCACCCUCUACGGCAUCUCCUGGCAGUUUGACCCCUGCUGUAAGUACCAGGUGGAGUACGACGCCUACAAACUGUCCCGACUGCCCCUGCACACACUCACCUCCUCCACCCCGGUGGUGCUGGUCCGGAAGGACGACUUGCACAGAAAGAGACUGCACAACACGAUAGCACUGGCGGCGCUGGUGUACUGUGUAAGGAAGAUUUACGAGCUCUGCGCCGUAUGAUCGGGGCAGCGUAGGGGGAGCAGGCAGCCCGGCCCGCGAGGUGGCAGAAGGAGCCCGGGAAGGCGUCUGGCUGCACGCUGGUUAUUUUAAAGAAAUAACAGAUCACAAGUGUACCAGGGGUUUUUUCAGCUCAUCACACUAAGAUGUGGAUUCCCGUAACCCACGGGGGCCUGAGGUUGUGGAAGGCCGACCAGGCAGCAGGAUGUGAUGGAAGCAACGCUACUGAGGGGAUGUGAACGCGCUUGGGGGGUCGUUAAGUAUGUUGUUUAACUGUACCAUCCAGAGCCAACCAGAAGCUAUUGACCAUUAAAAUUAUAAGAAUUUCAA